AUGGACGCCGCCGCCGCCGCUAUGCCGGUGACACCGGGCGCCGUGGCCUACGUCAUAGCCAACCCGGCGCCGGCCACGCCCGACGACGUGCCGGAGACCGUCGUGCAGGUCGUCGACCUCAAGCCCAUCGGCUCCCGCUUCAGUUUCAUGGCUAGCGACGGGAAGGACAAGAUCAAGGCGAUUCUCUCCACCCACUUCGCCUCCGAGGUCCACUCCGGCAGACUCCAGAACCUCGGCCUCCUUCGCAUCCUCAACUACGCCUGCAACGACGUCCCAAACAAGCAGGACAAGAUCUUGAUCAUCACCAAGUGCGAGGUCGUGUCCCCGGCGCUAGACGCCGAGAUUAAGAGCGAGGUCAAGGUAGAAGAGGAGCCCGCGGUUCUGUCUAAGCCGGCCUCGAUUGUGUUGAAGCCGAGGCAGGACGUGAAAUCCGCCUCCCAGAUUGUUAGCGAGCAGCGUGGAAAUGCUGCCCCUGCAGCGCGCUUGGCCAUGACCAGGCGGGUGCAUCCGUUGCUCUCUCUGAACCCCUACCAGGGAAACUGGGUCAUCAAGGUUCGGGUCACCAGCAAAGGCAACCUGAGAUCUUACAGGAAUGCCCGUGGGGAAGGCCACGUCUUCAAUGUAGAGCUCACUGACGAGGAUGGCACCCAGAUCCAGGCUACCAUGUUCAAUGAGGCUGCAAAAAAGUUCUAUCCAGUGUUUGAGCUGGGGAAGGUCUACUACAUCUCCAAAGGAUCACUCAGAAUUGCCAACAAGCAGUUCAAGACAGUCCAGAAUGACUACGAGAUGACCCUAAAUGAGAGUGCUGUUGUUGAAGAGGCUGAGGGGGAAACUUUCAUUCCACCAGUGCAAUACAACUUUGUCAAGAUUGAUAUGCUAGGGCCAUAUGUUGGUGGCAGGGAGCUAGUAGAUAUUAUUGGUGUUCUUCAGAGUGUGUCACCUACUCUGAGUAUCAGAAGAAAGAUUGACAAUGAGUCCAUCCCAAAGCGUGACAUUGUUGUCGCAGAUGACUCGAACAAAACUGUUACUGUUACUCUUUGGAAUGAUCUUGCCACCACUGUUGGUGAAGAGCUCUUGGACAUGGUUGACUCUGCACCUAUCAUUGCAGUAAAGAGCCUGAAAGUAUCUGACUUUCAAGGUGUAUCUGUCUCCACUGUGGGCAAGAGUACUCUUGUAAUUAACCCUGAGUUGCCUGAGGCAGAAAAGCUUAAAGCCUGGUAUGAGUCUGAAGGCAAGGGCACUUCCAUGGCAUCAGUUGGUGCAGGCAUGGGUGCAUCUAGUCCUGGUAGCUCUAGAUCAUUGUACUCUGACAGAGUUUUCCUGUCUCACAUCACAAGUGAUCCUGAUUUGGGUCAGGGCAAGCCUGUUUUCUUCAGCCUGCAUGCCCAUAUAAGCCACAUCAAGCCUGACCAGACCAUGUGGUACCGUGCCUGUAACACCUGCAACAAGAAGGUGACUGAACAAAUUGGAUCAGGAUACUGGUGCGAAGGUUGCCAGAAGAACUAUGAUGAGUGCGCACUGAGGUACAUCAUGGUCAUCAAGGUCUCUGAUCCCACUGGUGAGGCCUGGCUUUCUCUCUUCAAUGACCAAGCAGAGAGGAUCAUCGGCUGCAGUGCUGAUGAGCUUGAUCGGAUCAGGAAAGAGGAGGGUGAUGACAGGUUCCAGCUCAAGCUGAAAGAGGCUACCUGGGUUCCCCACCUCUUCCGCGUGAGCGUGGCACAGAACGAGUACAUGGGUGAGAAGAGGCAGAGGAUCACUGUGAGGAGUGAGUCGCCGGUUGACUUUGCUGCUGAAGCAAAGUACCAGCUUGAGGAGAUCUCCAAGCUCACUGCCUGCUAG